AUGGCCGCCCUAAGAAAACAACAUGUGAUUUUCGUCUUAGUUUCUAUUAUUCUACUAGAAAACUCAGCUUUAAAUAAUGGACAGGAUCUAAAGCAACAGUCUAUACCAAAAAAAAUAUCCCACAACAUUCUUGACGAUCCUGAUACCCCACAGCAGAAGCAAACGAAACCAACUCAGAAACCUUACGCCGAAAAAAGUGGACCAAAAGUCAACGAUCCACUUAUAAAACAGUUUCAAGAACAAGAGAAGAGAAUAUUGAACUCAUUAAAUCGGGUAAAGAGAAUAUAUGAAACUCAGAUGGAAAAAUACCGUCGAGAAUAUAAUUCUCUGACACCAGUACAGAUAAAGACGCGUGAGCGGUACAUAAAUUAUAUUGCUAAAGUAAGAGAAACAUAUAGCAACAUGCGUAAGCAAAAUGCGGCUAAAAUGUCUAAAAGAUUCAAUGAGAUUAGACUGAUGCAGAAUCAGACUGCUAGCUCAUCGUUGGUCAGAAAAACACCAGCUAAUGAAAAGCCUAUCCCAAAAAUUUCCCCAAAGCCGACCAUAUUUAUCCCUUUGGAAAGCUCAAAUGAUGUUUCGGACACUGCUGUUUCUAACAAAGGUUCUAGUGGUGUUUCUGACACAAAUAGAACUGUUUCUAAUAAAGGUUUUAGUGGUGUUUCUGACACUACUGUUUCUAGCAAAGGUGUUAGUGGUGUUUCUGACACAAAUAGAACGGUUUCUAACAAAGGCACUAGUGAUGUUUCUAACACUACUGUUUCUAGCAAAGGUGCUAGUGGUGUUUCUGACACAAAUAGAACUGUUUCUAAUAAAGGUUUUAGUGGUGUUUCUGACACUACUGUUUCUAGCAAAGGUGCUAGUGGUGUUUCGGACACAAAUAGAACGGUUUCUAACAAAGGCACUAGUGAUGUUUCUAACACUACUGUUUCUAGCAAAGGUGCUAGUGGUGUUUCUGACACAAAUAGAACUGUUUCUAAUAAAGGUUCUAGUGGAGUCCCUGACACAAAUAGAACUAUUUCUAACAGAGGCACUACUAGUGUUUCUGACACAAAUAGAAAUGUUUUUAACAAAACAGCAAAUAGAACUGAUCCUAACAAAGAUUAUAGUGGUGAUUCUGACACAGAUGUUUACGACAAAGGUUCUAGUAGUGCUCACGACACAAAUAGAAUUGUUUUAAAAAAAGGUGCUAUCGGUUUUUCUGACACAAAUGUUUUUAACAAAGGUGCAAGUGGUGUACUUGGUGCAAAUAGAAUUGUUUCAAACAAAGAUGUUGCAAGUAAUUCUAACCGUGGUUUAAAUGGUGUUUCUAGAAGGGUUGUCAGAAAUAAAAUCGGAUCUGAUAACAAAAUACUCUCAAGAACCAUUAUACCAUCCGCAAAGCAUGAUUCGGCUUUCAACGAAGACUUCAAAUCAGAGAUGAAAUCGACCGAUCUUUUUGGUAUAUACCACAUCUUAUUAGACGAACUUAAAAAUAUGACAACUUCCAAAAAUCAAGAAAAAGUCGUAGGAAGAAAAGAUCACAAAAUCGUUAUGGUGAAAUUCCCCGUCGACGAUCUGUCUCAUAAAGAUCGAUCCAUGAAUAGACCACAAAAUAAUAAAGAGCAGAACAUUGUUUUAACCAAAAAUGAAGAAUUUGAUUACAUCGGCAAUGACGCCGACAAUAAAGAAUGA